AUGACAGAUUUAAAGACAUUAGUUGAUUUGAUCAAACAGAAAAAGAAGGUAACAUUCUUUCAGGGAGCUGGGAUCUCUACAGGCGCAGGAAUUCCUGAUUUCAGAUCUCCUAAAACUGGGCUUUAUUCCAAUUUAAAGAAAUUGAAUUUACCUUACGCUGAAGCAGUGUUUGAUAUCGAUUAUUUCAGGAAAAAUCCUAAAGCUUUCUAUACUUUAGCUGAAGAAUUGUAUCCUGGGAAAUUCAAUCCAACAGACUUUCAUUAUUUCAUAAGGAUCUUACAGGAUAAAGGUUUAUUACAGAGAGUUUACACACAAAAUAUCGAUACCUUGGAAAGGAUAGCGGGGGUAAAAGAUGAAUUUAUAAUUGAAGCUCACGGAUCGUUUUCAGCUAAUCAUUGCAUUGAAUGUAAGCACGAAAUGACUAUAUCUGAGAUCAAACGAAUUAUGGGGGAUAAAAAGAUCCCUAAAUGUGGGAAAUGUAAAGGAUUGGUUAAACCAGAUAUUGUCUUUUUCGGAGAAGCUUUACCAGUUAAGUUGUUCGAUACUUGGGAGAAGGAUUGCGACGAAGUUGAAAUUGGUAUUGUUGCUGGAACUUCUUUAACUGUUUAUCCGUUUGCUUCUUUGCCCAGUGAAUUAGGUCAAAAUGUUACCAGAGUCUUGGUGAAUAACGAGAAAGUUGGAGAUUUUGAUGAUGAUGAUUUGAUUUUCAUAGAUAACUGUGACUCCUUUGCUAGAAAAGUAUGUAGAGAAUUGGGUUGGGAAGAUCUUUUAUCUGGCUUAAAGAAGAGUGGUAAAGUUGAAUUGGGAGAUGAGAUAGAAAAGAUAACUGAAGAAAUGAAAGACGUUUUGAGCGAUGUUCCAUCCGAAAAGGGUAAUACAAAGCAAGAAGAUAAAGUAGAAGAUAAAGUAGAAGAUAAAGUUGGUAAAGUUGAUAAAGUUGCAGACCCAACUAAACCAGAUACAAUUAAACAAGAAGAGUCAGAGUCAAAAUCAGAGGUAAAAGAACCGAGUCUCCUUGAUAAACUUAAGAAUUUAUCCCUUUAA